AUGGCAAAAAGUGUCAACAACGUGUCCCAGGACUCUUCCGAUUCUGCCUGCCAGUCCCUGAAUGCCUCAGAUCAAGGAGGUAGAGAGGCCGUAGCAGUGGUGCGUUUCAAGCAGUGUUUUCCCUGUUGCCUUACUGACCACCUCCAUGCUGUGCUUGUGUGCCCCAGGGUCAACAGCAGCCUGUCCAGCGAUGAGCUCCUCCUAGAAGACUUGGAGACAGAAGGAGAGAGGCAGCUGAAGAGCCUCCUUCACCACCAGCUUGAUACCACUGUCUCCAUCGAGCAGUGCAAAUCAAAGCGGAGAUGCUUUGCCCCUGCAGCUUUUUACAAGCCUUUUGGGGAAGAGGCUGCGGGGGCUUUGACCUUGUCGCAGUUCCAGGCCCUGCAGGAGAGCAACAAAGAAACUGCCUCUCUCCGGGAACUGGGGCUCUCCGACUCAGAGAUUCUGCUCUGGAAGAACCAGGCUUCAACAGGGAAGGGCUCUGGGCUGGGAGCAGCCCCAGAGGCCACGCAGGACCGACUCCAUGCCAUCCAGGAGAAGAUGGAAGAGCGUCAGCGCAUACUUGCUCUGCCCCAGAGGUUUGCUGGCAGCAAGCAGCUGAGCCGGCGGGAGAUGGAGAUUGAAAACGCCCUCUUUCAGGGGACAGACCGCCACUCCUUCCUCCGGGCGCUCUACCACCAAGAUGACACUCAGAAGAGGGUAACAGAUGAAAAGGACCCCAUGGUUCAUCUGGAGAGUGUUUACCAAGAGCUGCUGAGCAAGAAGUGGCCUGAAGAAGUCCAGCCUACCAAGAGUGACCCAUGCUUGUACCCUUCCCUGGCCCUGCAGGGACCUGUGGCUGAGGAGUCAUCACUUCCAGACCAGGAAAAGCAGGCAGAACAGGCAAGAAGUCCCAGCCUUCCUGCAACAAUGCCCCACCAGUCCCCUCCAAGGCUUGUGAUUAUCAAAGAGCCUGUAGAGUUUGUCCCUGAAGAGGAGAUCUGCAAGAACCGUCUCUCAGAGGAAGAACUCCGGAAUAUACCCAGGUUCUCAUCCUACCAUCCUGGGGAGCCCAACAAGGUGUUGUAUUUGAAGAACCUGGGCCCUCGAGUGAUGAUGAAGGACCUAGUGUCCUUGUUUGCUCGGUUCCAGAAGGAGGACAGCCCACCGAUCCAGUUCCGCCUCCUGAGUGGCCGGAUGAGGGGUCAGGCUUUCAUCACCUUCCCUGAUACUCAGUUGGCCCAGGACGCCAUGCUGUUGGUGAACGGGUACAAUCUGCAGGGGAAGCCGCUGGUGAUUGAAUUUGGGAAAAGCAAGGGGCAUUUGCCAGAGGCUGACUCUGCCAUCCCCUGCUCCUCUGCUGGAGAGAACCCCCCUGCCAAGUAAGGGAUGGAUAAUGGGGAACCUUGUGGAUUUGCAUGGGCCGUGGGAACUCCUUGGUCGUAACUGGGACAAUGAAGGACUGUUGGGAGUUAACAUGCAGUUCCAUAAAUCUCAAAGUGGGGAAGGAAGAGAACUGGGGGGACUAGGCUCUUCCUUGAGAGAGAUGGGCACUGUCUUUACACUGUUGGGGUGUACUGGCUUUUUCCUCCUGUUCUAUAUGCGUGUCUGCCUUCUCAGCCCUUUGUGGCAAGGAGGGAGGGAGGAAACCAUGUAAAUAAAUAUAUUUA